CCACUCCCGCCAGCCGCGUGCGUCCAGUCCAGAACCUGGUGGCGGUAGGCUGUUGAGAGGUUAAGGGGGACACCCCUAAAGACCCCACUUGAUCGCAGCCGCGCAGGUCCACUGAGCUUUCCGACCUCUUACAGCUUUCUUUGGGCGAGGGCCAAGUGGGCUUCCACGGCGCUAAGUGCCGUUGGUUUUAAAGGUUUAUAAAAUAAACACAGAAGCAGCCUUCCGUCUCCGCCCACAUUUGGGGAGAUUUGGGGGGAAAGGGAAAUCGGGCAUGUUCCCUGUAGUGCAACAAGGAUCUUUACUUGAGGAACAGAGAAGGCACUGCGGGGACACUCUGAACCUCCCUGAGAAAGUUCUAUCGCUUUCCUAACUCAGGAGGUGCCCAUUUCGCGAAGGAGCAGCACAGGAAAAAAGGCUUGGAGUCGACCUUCCACCUGGAAUGCAAAGAUAAGGAUAAUGAGAGGAACUGAGAUCCUAGAGAUAUCAUAUGAGAAGACAGGAAAGUGUUGAAGACUACUUCCUGCAAAUACGACAAGAAUGACCCAACAGAUCGGCAAGUGGCCAAGAGGAACUCCCAACUGCCUUUUCCUCCUCUCAGCACGAGUGACAGUGGGGCAUACCCCCUGACCUCUCUUCCUUCUUCCUCUGGACCAAGCGAUGAAGGGACAUGACAAUAAGGAAGUCGUCCUUGCAUGAACAUGAGCCAGCCAGAGGAGCCUGAAGAAGGUGGACUGCAUAAUCAUCCCUUCUCUGGGAGGACAUCCUGGAGCAAAAGUCCUGAGGCGAUAGGAAGACGAGCCACCUUCACAACGAGGAGCUAUCUGCAGACCCAUCCGUGUUCAAAGAAAGGAGCUAGGCCGCUUGCCCUGGGCGUCAUGGUCCACCUGCUGUCCUCCGAAGUGCGGCAGCUGCUCCACAACAAAUUCGUCGUGGUCCUGGGAGAUUCCGUCCAGAGGUCCGUGUACAAGGACCUGGUGCUCCUGUUGCAGAAAGAUUGCCUGCUCACUCACAGACAGCUCAAGGUCAAGGGGGAGAUGAGCUUUGAACAGGAUGAGCUGGUGGUCGGAGGCCAGAAGAGCCCCAUGCACAACCGCACCAGCUACCGCGAGGUCCGCCAGUACUGCUCCGGCCACCAUCUGGUGCGUUUCUACUUCCUCACGCGCGUCUACAACGAGUAUGUCCAGGGCGUCUUGGAAGAGCUGCAGGCCGACAAGCACACCCCGGACGUGGUCAUCAUUAACUCCUGCCUCUGGGACAUCUCCAGGUACGGACAGGACUCCGUUAGGAGCUACCGGGAGAACCUGGAGAACCUGUUCCGGCACCUAGGCCAGGUGCUGCCGGAGUCAUGCCUCCUGGUGUGGAACACGGCCAUGCCGGUUGGCGAGAAAAUCACCGGGGGCUUCCUCCUGCCGGAGCAGCAGUCCUUGGCCCUCCGCCUGAGACUCGGCGUGAUUGAAGCCAACUUCUACAGCUCUGCUGAGGCGGGGAAGCACGGGUUCGACGUGUUGGACUUGCAUUUCCACUUCCGCCAUGCGGAGAAGCACCGGCAGGGAGACGGGGUGCAUUGGAACCAAUACGCGCACCGACAGCUCUCCCAGCUCCUGCUGGCCCACGUGGCCGAUGCCUGGGGUGUGGAGCUCCCCAACCGCGACCCAGUGGGCAAGUGGAUCAAGGCAGGCCGUGCGACAGGAGAACCUGGCCUGGGAGUCGAGAGGCAGGCCCAGGCCGGCAGAGAUCCACAGGUCUUGCUCCCGACCCCAUCGUUGCCUUCCCGUAGGCUGCGCCCCCUGCUCCCGCUCCCAACUCCCCGCCUCCCCCUGCCCCCACUCCUGCCCGCACAGCCCCGACCCAUUUCCCCUCACCCAGUGACGUCCCCCCAGUUCUCGUUCUGUCCCCAAGAUACCUAUUUUUCUUCAGACCAUUCUUUCCAGUCAGAUCAGUUCUUAAACUAUUUCCAUUCAGAUGUCCCCUCAUCUACCCAGACAGGAUUUGACUUCGAAGAUGACUUUAUGUUUAGUCCGCAGCCGCCUAGGCCCUCCUUCCCCACACCUUAUCAGCAGUGGGCCCCUGUGGUUCAUAGGGGUUUUCCCCGGAAUCUACCUCGUGGCCCCUAUGUGCCCUGGAGACGGCGACCCAAAUCUCACAGGAAGCGGACCCCAGCCCUUCCAGAGCCGAGACCUCAUUAGACUGACUGGGGCCUUUUUCCUCUGCAUGGAUAUGGGCUGGACAGAUCACCUCACUCUCCCUAAACGGACUGAUCUUGUUAACGUAAGCCAUUGAUUCAUACUUGGACUUUUUUUUGUUCUUUGCUGUUACUUGCAACGGCAGAGAAGAGCAGUCUGACCCGAUCUUGUUGGCAAUGGCCUCUUCCUCUACUCUCUAGGGGUGACCACGUGUUAUUCCUGCCUCCCCACUCCCUAUUCUCUGUCAUUUUGUAAACAUAAAAUUGAAAUAAAGAAGUGGUUUCACAAAAGUA